UAAACCAAUCAUGGAAAAAAGAAGACGAGCUCGUAUCAAUAACUGCUUGAACGAACUUAAGACAUUGAUUUUGGAUGCCAUGAAAAAAGACCCUGCUCGUCAUUCAAAUUGGAAAAAAGCAGACAUUCUAGAAAUGACUGUUCGACAUUUAGAGUCCUUGCAAAGACAACAAACCGCUUUAGCCACUGCCGCCGAUCCAGGUGUUAUGAAUAAAUUCCGUGCCGGAUAUGCACAAUGUUGCGGUGAAGUGAGUAGGUUUCCUGGUUUGGAACCUGCUGUUCGGAGGCGAUUGAUGCAACACUUAGCAGGUUUGCUUGGUCAAUUUAUUUAUUGUAUUUCCAUUUUUCGUCAGGUCCACAUUCUGCCAGCACCAGAACCUGCCCAACAAAUCCACCUAUCAGCCCAUGCGGGUGGAUCAGUUUUUGUUACCACAUCUGGCGCAGGAGUACAGCUCUUGCCAACACGUUUACCAAAUGGUGACAUUGCUUUGGUGUUGCCUGCAUCAAAAGUACCUCAACAGCAAACUCCUACGCCACAAAUGGUUCCGCAAGUGAACCCACAACCAACAGCUAACUCUUCUCCAAGCUCGUCACCAAACACGCGCUUGAUACCAAAUUUAGCACAACUACAUCCAUCAAUGCAAACACCUAAUGUUACUCAUCAAGUAUACGCUGAACAACAUGCAGCUUCUCCAAAUGGCAUGCAUAUGAAUCAGAGAUUAAGCCCAAAUGUUAUCCAACAGCAGAAUGUAGUGAUGGUGAAUCAAUACCAAAACGUAGUCAAACAAAAUUUGACAGUGCCACAAGCAACUUCAGUGAUUGUGCCUACACUUUUAACCGUUCCUCAAAGAACGAGUUCUACCCAUUCGGCAAGCAGUGGCUCCUGCAGUCCAGCUUCAUUCUGCUACGUCAGCCCACCAACUCCUCCAAAAUCUCUAGCCAUAGUGGAGAAACUCCAGAUCGGUCGACAUUCUCUCCCGAAAUUAACAAUCACGAAUCGCGGGUGGCAUUCCAAAAACAAUGCACACCCGAUAUUGACGUGGAGGAGAGGUUGA